AUGUUUUUACCGAAUCGCAGCCGGUGUCGCUUGCCUCUCGGGCGCCUACUUUGCUUGGUGACUUGUGUCGGAUGUUUACUGAUCAGCUCCGGAGCGAAGACGGCGGCGGAGGACAGGGAGGCAAGCCUUUGGUACCAGGACCUAUGCAGCUACAAAUGGGAGGCCAUCGACCUGGAUAAUAAAAUAAGUUACACGCUCAAGCUGUGCGAGUCGUCCCCUUCCACUCCCUGCGGCGAAGGCACCGCUGUUUGUGCCCGCGACCUGAAUGGGGAUAUUUACCAAUCUGUCGGUGAGCUUUCCCUGCGCAGACUAUCCGGAACCGUCCUGGAUUACAACAGCACCGCGAAAUGUCCGGGAAAUGCCAACAACAUUCAAACCACUAUCGGUUUCCAGUGUGGGAAAACCAUGGGUACCCCGGAGUUUGUAGCCGUGUCUCAGUGCAUGCAUUACUUUGAAUGGAGGACCUACGUAGCGUGCAGCAGUGACAAGUUCAAACCACACAAAGAGGUGCCCUGCUUUGCCUUCGACUCCGACAGGAAGAAGCACGACCUUAGCCCGCUCAUCAAAAUGAGCGACGGCUACCUCGUAGAUGACGGCGACGACAGCGUCGACUUCUCCAUCAACAUCUGCCGCAGCCUCAGUGGUGAAACACGCUGUCCGGAAGGUUCUGCUGCCUGCCUGAUCACCAAAGACGUGGGCUACAAUAUGGGCUCUCCCAUCAAGCCUUUAGAGGUUUUAUCCAACGACAGGUUGAGGCUGCAGUACAGUGUGAGCGCCGACGCGACUCCCCCAGUCUUCUGUAACGGACAUUCACCUGCGGUCACCAUCACGUUCAUCUGUCCAUCAAGCAGACAUUCGGGCAGCACUCCUAAAAUGACGGCGGACGCCAACUGCCGCUACGAGGUGGAAUGGGCGACGGAGUACGCUUGCCACAGGGAUUAUUUAGAGAGCGACACUUGCAAGCUCACCAGCCAGCAGCACGACAUCUCAGUCGACUUGACGCCCCUCAUCUUGAGUUCUGCAGACCAUCCCUACUAUGCCCAUUCCUCAAACAGCGAUGGGACUGAAAGCUACAUCUAUUACCUGAACGUGUGCGGAAAAGUGCCAUCGGAAGAAUGCAGCAGUUUGGGAGAGUUUGUUUCCUCCUGCCAAGUGAAGAAAUCGGGGGACGUUAAGAAGGUGGCCGGAAGAUACCAAAACCAGACACUACGUUACUCUGACGGAGAUCUGACUCUUAUCUACCCCAACGGUGACAAGUGCUCCACCGGCUUCCAGAGGAUGACCAUCAUUAACUUUGAGUGCAACAGAAACGCAUCUAAUGGCGGCGUGGGGGCCCCAGUGUUUGUCGGAGAGACGGACUGUACGUACUACUUUAACUGGCAGACUGCAUACGCAUGUGUCAAGGAGAAGGAGGAUCUUCUGUGCCGGGUUACGGAUGGUGGCAAGCAUUAUGAUCUUUCGCCACUCACACGCAUCCCUGGGUCAGAAUUGAACAAGAACUGGGAGGCAGUGGAUACCAAAUCUACCGAGUCGGACUUGAAGCGCUUCUACCUCAACGUUUGCCACAAAGUCAUCCAAGCAGAAGGAGCUGAAAACUGCCCGGAGAAUGCAGCCAUUUGUGCCUUAGACAAAGAUCAGAAGCUGAUUAGCCUGGGCAGCUUCCUUUCUUCCCCUCAAAAGACUGAAAAGGGAAAUGACAUCAGGCUAGUGUACACUGAUGGCGAGUUUUGCAGCAAAACCACAAGAAUUCAAACCAUCCUGACACUCAAGUGCAAACCAGGAGAUCUUGAGAGUGCUCCCGUCCUCCGCAGCAUUUCAUCAGACCGCUGUGUGUACGAGCUGGAGUGGUACACUGCGGCGGCGUGCGUGCUGUCAAAGACGCAAGGCGACAACUGCAAGGUGGAAGACCUGCAAGCUGGUUUCUCAUUCGACUUGUCGCCGCUCACUAAGGCUGCCGGCAGCUAUUAUAACUUGACCAGCGACAACUACGACUACUACAUCAAUGUAUGUGGGCCGGUCACAGUUGCCAACUGCCCUGAAAAAGCUGGCGCGUGCCAGGUAGAGAAAAGUAGUUGGAGUCUAGGGCAGGCAAACUCGCGGCUGUCCUACUACGACGGCCUCAUCCAGUUGGUCUACAUCAACGGCUCGCAGUACAACAACGAGCAACACACGCUCCGAUCAACCCUCAUCUCCUUCCUCUGCGACCCCGAAGCCGGCAUUGGGAAACCAGAAUUCCAGGUGGAAGACAAGUACACGUAUAACUUCCACUGGUAUACAUCGUAUGCAUGUCCUGAAAGGCCUCACGAGUGUUUGGUGACUGAUCCCAAAACUCUAGACCAAUAUGAUCUGUCCAGCUUAUCUCGCACCACGUCCGGCCGCAACUGGCAGGCCAUGGAUCUGUCUGACACCGCCAACCGACGCAAAUACUACAUUAACAUAUGCCGGCCCCUCAACGCUGUUAUGGGCUGUGACCGCAAUGCAUCCGUAUGCCAGAUGAAGUACACAACUACGCAGGGUUUUCCCGAAGAAGUCGUGUCUGUAAGUAACAUGGGCAUCUCCAAGCGCGGUCCCAUCAUCGAGGGCCGCGACCGGCUGAUGCUGGAGUUCACAGACGGGGCCCCCUGCGAGUCAGACGGCCUGAAACUGACGUACACCACCCGAAUUCACCUGGUGUGCACCAGGGGAACACUGACAAUGGGCCCUCGCUUCCUCAUGUACCAGAACUGCACUGCUAACUUCAUGUGGGAGACCAGGGCCGCCUGCACUAUCACCACUACCAGGAACGAUAGCUGUGCAGUGAUAGAUCCUAACACUGGCUUGGAGUUCAACUUGCAGUCACUAGCCUCUGAGAAAGGAUACAAGACCAACGCUAAUGGAAAGGACUUCUUGGUAAACAUCUGCGGCAACCUGCCGGUUUGCGGCCAGGGAAUGGCGGGCUGCGAGCUGGAAGACGGGCAUCCCAUCAGCCCGGUGGGGGUUGAGAAGACCCUGGAGUACUCCACGGGUGGUUUUCUCAAACUGACGUACAAAGGACCUCGAGAUGAUUCUACAGCAACUCGAGACACCUUCACCAUCAACUUAGUGUGUAAUUCAAGCGCUCACACCGGCUCGUUGAAGCUGCUGCACGAGGAACUGAACACUCUCCCCAGCCACGUGGUUCACGACGUCCUCUUCGAGUUCUCCACCCCGCUGGCCUGCGUCGCCGCUUCGGUGGACUGCCGCGUCAUCGAUUCCCAUGGGAACGAGUAUGAUUUGAGUCACCUGGUCCGGGGUGAAGAGGACAGCCCGUGGGUUGCCAUAGACACGGAUGCAGUGAAGUCCCGGAGCUUUUACAUCAAUGUUUGCCGACCCCUCCCCUCACUGAAGGCGUGUCCGGUGGGUCCUUUAGGUGCAUGUGCCGUAAUUGAUGGCACCAGUUACAGCUUGGGUCUGGUCCAGGCCAGUCCACAGGUGGCGGAAGAUGGCUCCAUCAGCAUCCUUUACCAUCACGGAGACAAGUGUGGUACCACGUCUCGCUAUUCCACACGCAUCAUCUUGCUGUGUGACGACAGCCCAGGCUCCCCCAUGUUCGACCGGCGUGACGGUUGCGAGUACAGGUUCAUCUGGCGGACGUCCGAAGCCUGUCCCAUCAGGAAGGCCCAAGGCGAAGAGUGCCGAGUCCGCGACCCGAGGAGUAGCUAUGAGUUCAAUCUGAGCUCCUUGAAGGGAAAAGAUUAUCCAGUAAGGAGUGACAAGUAUAUCUACCAUCUAUCGGUGUGCGGUGGGCUCCAGAGGGACGUCUGUACCGGAAAAGACACUGGCAACAAACUUGUGUCCUCGUGCCAGGUGGAUGGAAAUACCCACAAGAUAGCAGGAAUGGAGAACCAGCUUCUCAGCUAUGUAGGAGAUGAGCUGAUCCUCAACUACACAGGCGGAGAGACAUGUCACCAGGUCCACCAGCGAUCCACUGAGAUCCACUUCUACUGUGACCCUGACAUGCACCCUGGAGCACCAGAGUUCAUCAGGGAGACGGCAGACUGCACUUAUGUGUUCAGGUGGCCUUCUGCACUUGCAUGCCUGCCUGUUAAAACAAGCAGCUGCUCCUACUAUGAUCGUGCAGGACACUCAUACGACCUCUCGUCACUGGCCACGGAGGCCCAAAAUUGGCAGGUGACACCUUCGACGCAGGACACAAGCAAGCAAUUCUUCAUCAAUGUCUGCAGAUCGCUGGUUCCGCAAGGAGGUUCGUGGAAGUGCCCCUCCGGCAGUGCAUCGUGCUUGAAGACUGGAGAACAGUAUGUGAGUCUCGGGCAUGUGUCCAACGGCCCAACAUUGGACGGGAAUGUCCUGAAGCUGCAGUACAUUGCGGGCGAGGCCUGUCCAGAUAGAGUCCGCAAUAGGAGCACUAUCAUUCGAUUCAAGUGUGAUAAAGACAAAGUUGACUCUCGACCAACUCUCAUUUCUUCCAUCGAGGACUGUUUGUACACUUUUUUGUGGUUGACACCUGCUGCUUGCCCACUCAAUAGCAGCCAACAUGAUGGCUGCAGAGUCGCCAACCCAGCUACAGGUCAUUUGUUCGACCUGAACAGCCUGAAACGGGACGGCGGCUACACGGUUUACGAUCACGAUGUGCACAGCAAGAUGUUCCGCCUCAACAUUUGUGCAGACAUAGCCAACGCCGGCUGUGGCCAGGGAACCGCGGUGUGCAUUAAAGAUGUCAAAACUGUGCUAAGCGGCGGCCAGACUAGCGGCAAGCUCUCAUACAAGGAUCAAGUGGUGGAGCUGACGUACCAAGGAGGAAGUCCGUGCCUUGCCAAUUCCGCCCUUAAGCACAGCACGAUCAUCCACUUCAUCUGCCGACCAACAAGCAUGAGCUCAGCCCCUCCGGAACCUGUUCUCAUUGACUCCAAUGCAGACACCUGCACGCACUUGUUUGCCUUCCAUACUGACUUAGUAUGCGAGCAGCCGGUCACAUGUUCUGUCCGUAACGGCUCCGCUACAAUCGAUAUGAGUCCUCUGAUCCGCACCACUGGAUACUACACUGCCACAGACGAUUCAGUGGACCAGGACAGCGAUGACUCCCCAGACUUUUACAUCAACAUCUGUCAACCUCUAAACCCUAUUCCUGGGGUGACCUGCCCACCUGGCGCCACUGUUUGUAUGGACCCAGAUAAUGGGCCUCCAAUUGACAUCGGGCACACGACAAGCGGCCUUCAGAUUAGCACCACGGGUGAAGUGUCCAUUACUUACUCCAGCUCCACCCGCUGUGCAUCAGACCCAACGUUGAACUACACCUCGACUAUCAUUUUCACCUGCCAGAGAGGCGUAGUGCUAGGCUCCCCACACAUGCUAAGGCUGCAGGGCUGUGUUUACAUAUUUGAAUGGGCGACGCCAAUAGUGUGUUCGGAUUCCACCCACACCAGCGGAUGCAAGCUCACCGACGCUCAACUGCAGUACACCUUUGACUUGUCGACGUUGACCGGCCAAGUGCAGGUCCCGCUAAGCUCCUCCGACAACUACCUCAUCAACGUAUGCAGCUCAGUAUCCGAGCCUGCUUGUAAAGGUGCCACCGUUUGCCGAGUGUCCGGCUCGGGCAAAUCGGCGGCGUCCUUCGGCAUCGGGAAAGCCAUGACCAUGGACUUCAAGCACGAGGAGGAGGGGGUGCUAAUGCAAUAUGGUGGCGGGGAUCCGUGCCCGCCGAUGACGGUCGACAACAAGGAAUGUGUUUUUCCCUUCACGUUUUUGACGAAGUCGUACUCUGAAUGCACCACAGAAGGGAGGACCGACGGCAGAAAGUGGUGCGCCACGACUGAAAACUAUGACGUGGACAAUAAGUGGGGCUUCUGUGGGCCAGCGUCUGGCAACAGGCAGUCGUCCAUUUUAUUUACUUGCGACCCAUCAGCCGGUCACGGCUCCCCGCAGCUGCUGUCGGAAACGGCGGGCUGCUCAACCACUUUCCUGUGGCGAACGAAUGCCGUAUGUCCACCGCGGAAGAUGGAGUGUACGCUGGUCAGCCAGCAUAAGACCUACAAUCUGCGAGACCUCUCCUCUCUCACCGAGCCGUGGAAGUUCAACCACCAUGGCGACACAUAUUACAUCAACCUGUGUCAAGGGAUUCAUAAAAAACUUCCGGGUUGUUCCGAGGAGGCAACGGUGUGUCGGCACUCGGCAGAUGGAACCAACCAAACGCUGGGUCGCGUUCACACCCAGAAGAUGAGCUACAAAGACGGCAAGAUUUCCGUCAGCUAUUCGGCCGGUGACGACGCCUGCGGAAACGGCGUGGCGGCAAAGAUGGAGAUCCAACUGAGCUGCGGCACCACCAUCGGACACCCGGGCAUUAUCAACAUCGACAAAGCUUCCUGCCUCUUUAUGAUUGGCUGGGAGACUCGCUCGGCGUGCGCUGUCAAGCAGCAUGAGGUGGAGAUAGUGAACGGCACUAUUGAGAACCCCAACACCGGUGCACGACUCAGUCUGGGAGAUGUUUACUUCAGUCACCACCAGGCCUCCGGAGAUGUACGCACUAAUGGCGACAGCUACAUCUACCACAUUCAGUUGUCUGGACUCACCAACACCUCGCUGCCUACGUGUAUUGGGGCCAACAUCUGCCAGAUCAAACUCAACGGAGACUACAGGCGGCGAAUUGGCUCCUCUAGCAAGGCAAAAUAUUACAUUAGAGGUGGCGAUCUGGAUGUAAUCGUGCCUUCCGAGUCGGCCUGCGGGCGCGAUAGCAAAAUGAUGUCGUCCAUCAUCAUGUUCAAGUGCAACCCGUUGGCCGGCGUGGGCAUCCCUGUGUUCAUGAGAGAGACGGACGGCUGUCUAUAUCUGUUUUUGUGGCACACUAAUGCUGUUUGUGGCCUCACGACUGCGGACGCACAAAUGCAAGAUGGCGACGAAGACGAUGGUCUUCCGUCUCUUUCCAGGAGGAGUCAAGCGGCGGCCAUUUUACUGAGCCUUUUAAUGGCGGCUUUUAGUGUUUGUUUACUGGCGCUGCUGUUGCGUAAAAGAGAAAGAAGAGAAAUGGUGAUUCAGAAGGUGGCUGGCUGCUGCAGAAGAGGCAACCAAGUAUCCUAUAAAUAUUCCAAGGUGAACAUGGAUGAAGAUGCUGGAGAAGACGAGAUGGAGUGGCUGAUGGAGGAACUGGAGUCUCCUUCUGCGACCUCCUCCUCUUUGUCCUUCUCGUCCUCGCAGAAAGGCCACGGCAACCACAGCAACGGCCACAUUAAAACCAAGCCGGUCAACACGGAUGGCUUGCGUUCCUUCUCCUUGGACGAGCAGGAGGACGACAGCGAGGACGAGGUGCUCAGCGUCCCUGGAGUGCGUGUGGUCAAGUCUUCGUCCGCCCAUCGUAGCGCCUUCCUGCAGGAGGAGAGCGACGAGGACCUCGUGGGCCUCUUGGAAGAGCCUGAACGAAAGCGGAAGAGCGGAAAAGCACGCUCAGCGGGCCGCCGGAAUAACAAUGAGGCGCCCAAACCCAAGCGGGAGGACGACGACAGCGACGAGGACCUCCUGCGGGUGUAA